UCGAUUUUUGCCACUGUCUCAAGGACAAGACGCUGCGUCAUUGCGGAUUUCUCAUUUUGGCCUUUACGAUUACAAUAGUCGCGUGUAUUCACAGUCUGUCGGAUGACCGACAGAAAAGAACAGGAUGUUGAUAAAUGUCAUGCAUCCGAAAACCAUCGCAGGAAAAUUUCUCUUAAUUUGAAUUCGACAAAAGAAACGUUUAUGAUUCCGCUCCAAGAUGGAACGGAAAACAGCGGUGAGGUAAUCCUGGUGAACCACAAAACAACUGAGCGGGGUGGAUGGAAUGGGAAGUUGGAAUUCAUGAUGGCAUGUGUGGGUUUUGCAGUCGGUUUGGGCAAUGUUUGGCGUUUUCCAUAUUUAUGUUUUAAAAAUGGUGGAGGUGCAUUCCUAAUUCCAUACACACUAAUGUUAGCAUUACUUGGAUUACCGUUAUUCUUCCUGGAAUUCGCUUUUGGUCAAUUCGCUAGUUUAGGACCUAUUUCUGUUUGGAAUAUCAGUCCAUUAUUUAAAGGUGUUGGUUAUGCUAUGGUAUUUUUAUCAUGGUUAUUAAGUAUUUAUUAUCAAGUUAUCGUUGCACACUGUUUAUAUUAUUUUGGAGUUAGUUUUACGCAUACAUUACCUUGGACAGAAUGUAAUCCUGAUUGGAGUACACCGGAUUGUAUUGAUUCAAAGAGAAUGAAUUACACUAGUAAUAUAACCUCUCCGAAAUCACCAUCAGAAGAUUAUUAUUUUAAUCGAGUACUUAAAUUAUCAUCUGGUUUUGAAGAGUUUGGUGGCCCUAAUUGGGAAUUAUCUUUAUGCCUUUUAACUUGUUGGAUUUUAUGUGGAUUAGCGGUUAUUAAAGGUGUCCAAUCUCUUGGUAAAGUUUCUUAUUUCACAACUCUGUUCCCAUAUGUCAUGCUAACAGUUCUUCUUAUACGAGGAGCACUUCUUCCAGGCUCAGGAGCAGGUGUACUUUAUUACUUGACACCUGAUUUUUCACGUUUAACAGAUCCACAAGUAUGGGCUGAUGCUGCUACACAGAUUUUCUUCUCUUUGAGUUGUUGCAACGGUGGUUUGAUAACAGUGUCCAGUUAUAAUAAAUUUAAGAAUAAUUGUUGCAGAGAUGCUGUCAUUGUGGCAAUUAUUAAUUGUGCAACUUCGGUUUAUGCUGGUUUUGUGAUCUUUUCUAAUUUGGGUUUUAUGGCCUAUCAGAAAAAUACGACCGUUGCUGAAGUUGCAUCCAGUGGUCCUGGACUUGCUUUCAUCGUCUAUCCUGAAGCAAUCACAAAUAUGCCACUUUCUAGUUUAUGGUCGGUAUUAUUCUUCUUGAUGAUGAUAACGCUUGGUUUUGGCACACAAUUUUCUAUAUUGGAAACCACUAUUUCUGGCAUACAAGAUGAAUUGAGACGAUUGGGUGUACAUCUAACAGAAAGACGUAAAAUUGCAUUUCGGAUAUCAGUAUGCUGUUUGAAUUUUCUCAUGGGAUUACCAUUGGUUUGUGCUGGUGGAUAUUAUCUUGUCACAAUAUAUGACAGUGUAAUGAGUGGUUAUGCUCCAUUAGUUGUUGCAUUAACUGAGACAGUUGUCAUUACAUACAUAUACGGUUUAAAACAAUUUCGACGUGAUAUUGGAUUGAUGAUUAAUGAACGACCGAAUUGGUAUUGGCGUAUUUGUUGGCUUGUAUUUACGCCAGUGAUUUGUUUUUUAUUAAUUAUCUCUAUAUUAACUAAUCGAAUUGAAUUAAAAGAGAAAGAUUAUUCUUUUCCAGCAUGGACAUAUAUAUUUUAUCAACUAUUAUCCUUUCAAACUGUAUUUUUCAUUGUUGGUUGGUUUACUUAUAAAUAUUGUAGUGAAGGUGGUUUUCUAUUAUUAAAAGAAUUCUUAAAACCUGUCCAUGAAUGGGGACCAGCUGAUAAAGAGCAUCGUGCAGAAUUCAUUUCCAUGAUUAAAUCGAAUGAAUCACGUAUCAAUGAAGCUGGUGGUAAUAAUAUCUAUGCGCCACCAAUCGGUGGAACAACCACUGUAGAUGGCAGUCAAUUACAGCUAAAUUAUGGAUUAAAUAGUUCGCUGAAAAGUGGUUUAGCUGCUGCUGGUGUAAUAGAUGAUACGAAAUUCUUUCAAAGUAAAUUAAAUGUUGCCGAAAAACUUACCUAUGCACAUACACGUGAAGUAGUGAAACGAGUUGUUAGCAAUACAGAUAUGAAUCCAGCUAAUGCAGCGGCAUUAUUGACAGCAAGUCAAACUGCACUAGCUGCAGCUAAUUCUGUCGUUCUGCUUGGUUCACAACCAUCAUCCUCUGGUUUUAUUAUGAUUGAUGCAAACAGUGAUACAACAAAUAAAAUAAAAUUACCCGACCAAUUUUUAGUAUCUUCAGAUUGUGAUGAGAAUACUACGAAUCAACCGACCAAAUGUACUAAUCUAUGAGGCGAAGAAACAUUCACAGUGCUUUUCCUAAAAGAUGCUGUUCAAUAAUAAUGAUAAUGAUGAACAGUGGAAUCAGUGGAAACAUAUCUAUGCGUAUGUGUGUUUCAUUCAUUGUUUGCGUGUUUGUUUGCUCGUUUAUUUUUUCAAAUCUGAUUUAUUUUUUUAAUUAAAUUAAAAACAUACAAAAGUAAAUACAUUAUCACACAUACACUCAUAAGCGCUUGAAUUAUCUGGUUCAACAAGUCAGUAAUCUGAAUUGACUGACUCUGUCUACACACACAUACACACACACACAUCUCGUUCGUUGCUUUUUUUCCUUAUUUCCCAGUUGAUUCAUAUUGAUUGUACACUUUUUUUCUGUCUACUAUUGAUUGAUUAUUCACUGUUUACUAGAAUUAUAAUGAACAGGAUGUUUCAGUUGUGUUCGCAUGUUUUCAACUACAUUUUUGUUGGCAAAUUCACUUUAUACACAUAUAUAUAUAUAUAGUACAUGUACUUAUUGAUAGAAAGAAUUCAGUAGUAUGUAAUGUCAAGCCAUUUUUUUACAAUUUCUACUAUCAUAAUCAUACAAAUGAAAUACCAUUCACUAAGACGACAAUUAUUAUUAUUGUUCCAAAAAUCAUAGUAUUCAAUAUUUUGCAUUUGAUUUACUAAUGUUAUUGUUUAUUUAUAUAUAGCCAAUAUGAACUGUUUUGUUUGUAUCAACCACUGCAACGGAAAAUUAAACCUCAAUUUCGAUUUUCAUUAUCAAAAUAAGACCCCACCAUUUAUUGAUUGCCAUUCUUCUUCAAUCUAUUAUUGUUGUAUAUUUUUUUCAUCGAUGCAUUCGUACUACGCAUAACACAGAUCAAUUUUGUUGGUAGAUUAGGGAGAGGACACAACACACACACACAUAUAUAUAUAUAUACCUAUAUAAUGUUUGGUUGGAUAAAUUUUGUUUACAAUUUCCUAUUUUUUGUUUUGUUUUGUUAAUUUUUGGUUAGAAUUGAACAAUUAAUUUAUAUGUUUAGAUAUAUAUAUAUACAUAUACAUAAAUGAUGAUUGUUUUACUAAUAUAAUAAAUAUAUGAAUGAUGAUGAAGAUUCUGUUUCGUGUUAUUGCAU